AUGACAUGCAUGAAGUUGGGUUCUAAAGCAGAUGUGUUUCAGUUGGAGGGCCAAAGUUGGGUCUGCACCACUAGCCUUCCGAGUGAUGUUCGUGUCGAAGUUGGAGAGACGUCCUUUCAUCUUCACAAGUUUCCUCUUCUAUCAAGGAGCAAGUUGUUGGAGGGAAUCAUCCGUGAUCAAGCCAAGAAUGUCUUAUCUCUCCAUGAUCUACCCGGUGGAGCCGGCUCCUUCCUCCUUGUAGCCAAGUUUUGCUACAAUGUCAAGUUUGAGCUCACUGCAACCAACGCGGUGAGCUUGAGAUGCGCAGCUGAGCACCUCCAAAUGACAGAGGAAUAUGGAGAAGGAAACCUCAUAUCUCAGACAGCAGCCUUUCUCGAGCAAGUUCUCAAUAGUUGGGAGGGCACCGUGCAAGCCCUUGAGACCUGCGAGGCAGCUCUUCCCUUCUCGGAGGAGCUUGGCAUUAUCACAAGUUGCAUUGACUCCCUCGCUGCCGAGGCCUGUGAGGAAAGGGGGGGCUGUUUGCCUCACCGCGCCCACCAGAGCCCUGUGUGGAAUGGAAUACACUCAGCCUCUGAGCCUUGUUCCCCGGCUGGGGACUGGUGGCACGAUGACGUGGUUGUGCUCAACCUCUCCCUCUUCAAGAGAGUGAUAGACGCCGUUUCUUGCAAAGGGAUGGCGCCUAGCAGGAUAGGUGUCUCUCUCAUGCUUUAUGCUAAGAGGCAUCUCCCUUUACAUGGGAUAUCAAGGUCAGGUAGCUUUUGUGAAAGGGAGCAUGAAUCGGCUCAUUCGUUGUCUGAGGCUGAGCAGAUGACUCUAGUGGAGGAGAUCACCGAGCUGCUCCCCAAUCAGAAGGGGGCUACUCCUACUAGAUUUGUGCUCAAGCUUCUCAAGUUUGCUAUGAUCUUGGAUGCUAGCACCGGGUGCAGGGAGACACUGGAGAGACGGGUUGGGGCACAACUAGAUCAAGCGGCUCUGCAUGACCUUUUGAUCCCGAAUACUCUCCCCAUGGAGGAGACCCUCUAUGACGUGGAGUGUGUGCAGAGAAUAGUUGAUUACUUCUUGGAUAUGGCUGGAGAUGAGGAGUACGAGGGGGAUGAGGAGCAGUCUACGGGAGGGUUUGAUUCUCCCCCAAUUAUGAGCGUUGUGGCAAAUUUGUUGGAUGGAUACCUAGCUGAGGUUGCAAAUGAUGCUAACUUGAAGUUGGAAAAUUUUGUGCUGCUUGCAGCUUCGCUCCCGGAAUAUGCCAGGUCGUUGGAUGAUGGGAUCUACCGCGCAAUUGAUAUAUACCUCAAGGCACAUCCAUGGUUAACAGACCAAGAGAUGGAGUUGUUGUGCACGCUGAUGAACUGCCAGAAGCUAUCGAUAGAGGCUAGUACGGAUGCAGUUCAGAAUAAGAUGUUGCCAUUGAGGGUGACAAUGCGGGUCCUAUUCUUCGAGCAACUCCGGUUGCGCUCCUACAUGGCUGGGUGGUUUGUCGUCUCAGACACCCUCGGAAGAGGGAGUAACGAGCGACCCUCUAUUGUGAGCUGUGUGGGAGGAGGAGACGUUGGCAUGAGGCUGAAUGAGGUGAGGGCGCGGAUGUCCCGCAUCGAGAACAAGUGUGAUAACAUCAAACAUGAGGUUAGAAAGCUGAGAAAGGGGAGAUGGAUCAACUUCUAUAAUAGGGUUGGUUUGAAAGUUAGAACUAAGUCUUUUGGAUCUCAAGUUUGA